UUUAAAUCAGAGGGAUUUAAUGAGGGUGCUCUGUGCCUUCCCUGAAGACAUGCCCUCCAGCAACUCCCGCCCCCCCUCGUGCCUAGCCCCGGUGGCUCUCUACUUGGCUCUGUUGCUCCAUCUCUCUCUUUCCUCCCAAGCUGGAGACAGGAGACCCUUGCCUGUAGACAGAGCUCCAGGUUUGAAGGAAAAGACCCUGAUUCUUCUUGAUGUGAGCACCAAGAACCCAGUCAGGACAGUCAAUGAAAACUUCCUCUCUCUCCAGCUGGAUCCCUCCAUCAUUCAUGAUGGCUGGCUCGAUUUCUUAAGCUCCAAGCGUCUGGUGACCCUGGCCCGGGGACUUUCACCCGCCUUUCUGCGCUUCGGGGGCAAACGGACGGACUUCCUGCACUUCCAGAACCUGAGGAACCCGGCGAAAAGCCGCGGGGGCCCGGGCCCGGAUUACUAUCUCAAAAACUAUGAGGAUGACAUUGUUCGAAGUGAUGUUGCUUUGGAUAAACAGAAAGGCUGCAAAAUUGCUCAGCACCCUGAUAUUAUGCUGGAGCUUCAAAGAGAGAAGGCAGCUCAGAUGCAUCUGGUUCUUCUAAAGGAGCAAUUCUCCAAUACUUACAGUAAUCUCAUAUUAACAGCCAGGUCUCUAGACAAACUUUAUAACUUUGCUGAUUGCUCUGGACUCCACCUGAUAUUUGCUCUAAAUGCACUGCGUCGUAAUCCCAAUAACUCCUGGAACAGUUCUAGUGCCCUGAGUCUGUUGAAGUACAGCGCCAGCAAAAAGUACAACAUUUCUUGGGAACUGGGUAAUGAGCCAAAUAACUAUCGGACUAUGCAUGGCCGGGCUGUGAAUGGCAGCCAGUUGGGAAAAGAUUACAUCCAGCUGAAGAGCCUCUUGCAACCCAUCCGGAUUUACUCCAGAGCCAGCUUAUAUGGCCCUAAUAUUGGGCGUCCAAGGAAGAACGUCAUUGCUCUCCUAGAUGGAUUCAUGAAAGUGGCAGGAAGCACUGUGGAUGCAGUUACCUGGCAACAUUGCUACAUUGAUGGCCGGGUGGUCAAGGUGAUGGACUUCCUGAAAACUCGCCUGUUAGACACACUCUCUGACCAGAUUAGGAAAAUUCAGAAAGUGGUUAAUACAUACACUCCAGGAAAGAAGAUUUGGCUUGAAGGUGUGGUGACUACCUCAGCUGGAGGCACAAACAAUCUAUCGGACUCCUAUGCCGCAGGAUUCUUAUGGCUCAACACUUUAGGAAUGCUGGCCAAUCAGGGCAUUGAUGUUGUGAUACGACACUCAUUUUUUGAUCAUGGAUACAAUCAUCUGGUGGACCAGAAUUUUAACCCACUACCAGACUACUGGCUCUCUCUCCUUUACAAGCGCCUGAUCGGCCCCAAAGUUUUGGCUGUGCAUGUGGCUGGGCUCCAGCGGAAGCCAAGGCCAGGCCGAGUGAUCCGGGACAAACUAAGGAUUUAUGCUCACUGCACAAACCACCACAACCACAACUAUGUCCGUGGCUCCAUUACACUGUUUAUUAUCAACCUGCAUCGAUCAAGAAAGAAAAUCAAACUGGCUGGAACUCUCAGGGACAAGCUCGUGCACCAGUAUCUGCUGCAGCCCUAUGGGCAGGAGGGCCUGAAGUCCAAGUCAGUGCAGCUGAAUGGCCAGCCCUUAGUGAUGGUGGACGACGGGACCCUCCCAGAAUUGAAACCCCGCCCCCUUCGGGCCGGCCGGACAUUGGUCAUCCCUCCAGUCACCAUGGGCUUUUAUGUGGUCAAGAAUGUCAACGCUUUGGCCUGCCGCUACCGAUAAACCACCCCCCAUUCAGGAGCUGCCGGGGGGCCUGCUGGGCUGCUUUCUCCCUUCCACCCUAGUAUCUGCCUCUGCUGCCCCAUCCUGCUGGAAUCAACAUAGAUUUUUCUCUCCAAAGAGACUAAAUGUCAUAGUUUGAGCUUAGCCUAGGUAGGUUGCAUCCAUCCCUAAUGACAUCCUCUGUACCCAUGUAAGAACAAAGGUAUGUGUCUAGAGCUGUAUGUUUUCAUUUACACGCACCAUGAAAGCAGGCUGACUCCCCACUCCUAGGACAAAUGUUUGCAAACAACUCCCCAUGAUUCUGGUCACACUACAGCAUAACUACAAACCCCCAAGCUGAGCCUGUGGCUACUGCCCGCAGCAGAAGAUGAGGAAGGAAAAUACUGGGAGGACCUCCAAGAACCCAUUCCUCUUCUAACCCCUUCUCUCUUGUCUGUUUCCUGCUGCUGCCCUGGGUUUCCUGAUACCUCUCUUCCUGUAGGAGAGCAAAUGGUGAGUCAGCUCUGGCCUGCUGGGUGAGCUGUUUAUGUAAUUUCCUGGCUGAUGUAUGAGUGUGUGCAUCUGGGUUUCUGACAGUGGCAUCCAUCACUGGCCAUUCCUCCGGGAAGCGGGUGCUUCAAAAGUAGAAUUAUAAUCAUACUCCAGAUUCUGUAAGAAGGUUCUUUCUAUUCCUUUGUGAAUCCAGAUUCCCCCAGGCUUGGAACGGGAGUCAGGUAACAAUAUUCAUUGAGUAGAGAGCAAUGUAUCAGGCACCACAAAAAGCAAUCAUCAUCCUUCAUGUUGCCAGGAGGAGAGAGUUGUAGUGCAAAGGAGAAAGCACGAAGAGACAUCACACAUACCCUGGCUAAGCAAAGCCAAUCAGACCUGCCCCCAAACUGAAGACCGGCAGGGCCUGAGAGGGUAAGCCCUUAGUUGUUUGGUUAACCAAAAACCGUUCAGAAGGUGUGAAUCAAAGCUUAGCACUGUAAAUCACGAUGAGGCAUGGCCUUUCUGCCUCUUGCCACGUAGAGGAGCCUCUCCAUGGCACUGGCCAGGUGGAAAUUCCAACAAGUGUGCCUCCUAUCCUAGGCCCGCUUAUUUGAGCAGAAAACAAAGCUUUGAGUAGCCAUAUGGAGGAGAACAAGAGAGCUGGAGACAGGUCUGAUGGCCACACUGCGGAAUGUCGGUGGGAAGCUUCUGAGUGAAGUGAUAUAGAGUCACAGUAAGGACCUCUAUGAUUCAGGAAGCACAAGAGUCUUUGCAAAAAGUUGCAGAGACUUUCUUUUAUGUGGAUGUGAUUGUCCUCAGGAUAAAUGACAUAAAUGAUGCUUCUUUUAAAGGAGAAGAUACUUGACGCUAUCCUAGGGUGUUGACAGCCAUACAGCUCUGCUGUUGUGAAAGGCUAGAAAUGGGGUGGGGAUGGGGUUGUUGAGGAAGUACCAGAGAGGCUGCCUAAGACAGCCGAAGAGUAAGGAUUGGGGCCAAGUCUGCAAAGUGAGAGACGGAAGAUUCAACAAGCAAGGUGGUAGUGGAUUCUCAGCUUCGAGAAUCGAGAAUUUGGGAAUUUAGAAAGCCAACUAGCUAAUUUUAUGUAGGAAAGUAGUGGACUUGGUUUUUGACACACUUAUUAUUAGGCGUGGGAUAACAUCACACUGGUGUACUAGAGCAAGCAGGAAAGGGAGAGCCCAAGGAUGCACUGGACCUGCUCAGUGCAGUGAUUAGCAUGGAAACCUCUGGAGAGAGCAGAGCAGACCCUGAGACUGCCCCCUGCCCCAGAGCUCCCCAGGGUGCUUCCCUUAGCAGGAACAGGCACCUCCUGCUGAAGCUUCAGCUCUUAGAGGACAGGAGAGAGAAGUGCCCAGACUAGGCGUAGGAAGGAGACAGGUGUACAGGCCAAAGUAGGGAAGAACAAGGAAAGGAGAAAUGAGACAAAAAGUUGUUCCCCCAGACUCUGGGGAAGACAUCCGAAUCUCCUUGAGAUGCCAGUGCAGAUGCCGCCUCAGGACUUUCUGAUAAUAACAGGUAACCACAAGUCCCUAAUAGCCAGGCCCUGGCCUAGUUUGCUUUACAUAUAUAAAGCCCCAAGAUGGAGUUACUAUUGUCAUCCCCAUUGUUUUCUUGAGGUCCUUAGCUUGCCCAGGGUCACCCAGGGAAUGGUUGCUAAUCCAGAGCCUGUCCACUUCAUCAGCAAGUUCAGUGGUACCCAAGUCACAGACUCACCCCUUUCACCUCCUGGUAUGUUCUCACUCAAUACAUCCAGGACUUUCAGAGCUCCAUUCAGACACACUUGCUGUAAAUAAGUGUUGAUUCUUCACUAAGCCUUGCAGAAUAUAGGUAAUUCCUGCUUCUUUUGUCUUUCUCUGUAUAUUAAAUGCUGCACCCAAGAA